CUGAAAAUUUAAAAAAGAGGCUUAUUUGCCUUAAAAUGGAUGUGGCGACAAGACAAAAUCGCCAUAUAUUAGGCAUUAAUGCGCAAUACAUCGAUGGAUAUAAAAUAAUUAUUUAUACUUUGGGAAUGGUGGAAUUAAGAAGCAGACACACCGGAGAAAACUUAAAGCAAGAAAUCCUUAAUUGCUUGGACCAAUUUAAAAUCGAAAUUCGCCAGAUUUAUUCCAGCACCACUGAUAAUGGAGCCAAUGUAAUAAAAACAUCGAAGUUGCUUCAAAUAUCCCAAGGUCAAGUUCAGAACAAUCCAAAUGAUGACUCCGAUUCCAAUGACGUAGAUGAUGAUGGGUAUGAUGAAGUGCACAAUACCCUCAAAUCAACUAUGGCUGUGGUUAGAUGUGCAGCACACACCCUCCAGUUAGCAGCAUACGAUGUCAUUAAAACAAUGCAAACUAACAUUGAAAGCUGUAGAAAAGCCGUUAAAUCUCUCAGAUGCAUUCUCCGCGGUACGAGCAACGUGCCGAUAUUGGAUAAUGCAACACAGCUAUAUUGA